UUGGUUCUGUCGUCUAUAUAAUAUCACUGUUAAAACAGAAAUAGUCCAUUGUGUCGUCUAUAUUAAAUACAUAACAUUUAGAACAACAGAAACUAGUGCUUGUAAUACCGCUAAUAUCACAGUUACAACAACAGAAGCCAGUUCCUAAUAUCACAGAACAACAGAACUAGUUCAUUAUUAUGGCGACCAUGUUGAUGUUAGUGAAAUCAUCUUUUGUUGUGUUCAUGGUGAUGAAUUCGGUAAUGAUGGUACUAUGCCUAGUGGAGAAACAACUCGGCUGUUAUCACCCAACAGACUCGUCAUGUUCUAUUCAUACCCUAACUUGUCCUGAAGAUAGACGCCUCAGCAUCUACAGCCUGUAUUACUAUACGCAUCCAUCAACUACCACAUGUCCUCUAGAACAAGAUGAAUGUGAAACUAGUCCAUGCUGUACCUGGAGUAAUGGUGAUACAUUACAACCUUACAAUGAUCAGGAUAGUUUAGAUGUUUAUAAAACCUGUUCUAUUCAACAAUCAUGUUCCAUCACCUCUCCUUACAAUCAUACAACAGGUUAUCAUUACGUAGAGUAUGGUUACGAGUGUGAACCUGAGUAUUAUAUCCAUGAUAUCAUGACAACUGAAAGAAUAUCAUUCAGAGGCGGCCAUUUCUCCCUGUAUUACAGUGGUAAAGAUUCACCAGCUAAAGGUUUGACAUGUUCCUGUGUUCUACCUAAAGGUGAUUUUACCCUGAAGAUGCAGCUAUUGUACAUCUACCUGAGUGGUGAAUCAUGUACCAGAGUAACGGUAACAGGUGACGAUACACCUGAGUACACCUGUAACGAUGAUGGGGUAUUUAUCAGUAAACAGAACAAUGUGCACAUCAAUGAUAUAUAUAGAAUAACAUUUAAUAACCUGACCUCCAGUAAUGAUGAUGUAAUAUGGAUCGAGUUCACCGGUCGACCAGAGAACGCGUCAUGUGAUUGUAAAGCACAGUUUGAAGUGAGGAAUGGUAGCUGGAGUAAUUGGUCUCUAUACAGCGCCUGUUCUGUUACAUGUGGUGGAUGUAACAAGACCAGGACAAGGAAGUGUAAUAAUCCAACACCAGCUAAUGGUGGGACUAAAUGUUCUGGUAAAACUAUGAUGUAUUCUCGAUGCAAUGAACAGCUGUGCCCAGGUUUGUAA